AUGGCUCUCGACCGUCACUGGACCUUCACGGACGAGUCUGAAGUCCUGCUCCUGGAGCAUUUUAUCCAAGAGCUAGCGCCUUUGACUUCUGCGAUCUGCAACAUCAUUUCGCGGUCGUAG